AUGGCGGGAACACUUAUACCUCCGUGGUAUGUGGCCUCGACGCCUACGAACGAUGAACAGAACAUAGCGACUUUGAGUACUUUUUCUUUUUACGUAAGUGCCUCGGAACUUUCGCUCGGGCGUUGUUUCCAUGCUAACAGUGUCGGUGAAGUUAUUCUAUGGUCUAUUCAGGUCCAAUGUCUCAUGCAAAUCAUCGUCAACCGAAUCGCAAUCUUGAUGCCGAUACCCGCACAGGCCACGCGACUGAAAUGGGGAGUGUUUGGCAUACUUUUGGCGGUCAAUAUCAGCGUCUUCUGCAUCUGGAUUCCAGCUCGUCUCCAGAUCAACUCGACCUAUAUUCACAUCAAUGAGAUUUGGGAUAGGAUAGAAAAGGGCAUAUUCCUUAUCGUGGAUGCCGGACUAAACCUCACCUUUAUUUAUCUGGUCAAAUCGCGGCUGAUUGCCAGCGGCUUGACCAAGUAUACGGCAUUGUUCAGGUUCAAUCUGGCCAUGAUUGGGGUCUCGAUGUCACUUGACAUCAUUCUCAUCGGACUCAUGUCUCUCCCAAAUACCCUCAUGUAUGUGACCUCUACUCAAAAGGCCUGUGCCACUGCUAACCGUUACAGUUAUGCUCAAUUCCACCCGCUGGCCUACCUGCUGAAACUGCACAUCGAAAUGGGCAUGGCAGAUCUGAUUGCAAAGAUCGUAAAGGCCUCGAACCCUAUGCGCCCCCAUGCCGAAUCAAGAAGAGACAGCAACGACAUAGCGCCAGACGCAAGCCAGAAGAACUCGCUUUCAAUGUCAAGGUCGAGGAGAUUUUCGAUGCCUUAUGUGGCUGGAAGAUGGAAGUUGAGCUCAGACACAGUACAGCCCAAAAGCAAAACCACAGGGCCAGAACUAGAGCUUGGUGUGCAGGCCAACACUUUCUCGGGAAGGGCAGCAGAGCCAGCAGCUGUGCCACGCCCUCGCUCGCUUUCCCGUCACAUAACCGAACCGGGUGGUAUACCUGGGCUGGAUAUGACGCGACAGACAAGGACCAGUCGUCAGGAUUCUAGUAGCACCGUUGGGGGCCAGAAUCAGGAUGUUGCGUGGUACGUUUGA